AUGACCAUAGAGAGAUCAGUGACAAUAGGUGUUUUGGCUUUACAAGGUGCAUUCCGCGAACAUAUUGCAUAUUUUAAUCAUGUCAUCGAAUCAAACCCAGAUCAAUACUCGGAGUAUGACAUCAGGUUAAAGGAAGUGAAGACAAAACAAGAUCUUGAGCAGUGUGACUCAUUGGUUAUUCCUGGGGGAGAAAGUAGUUCCAUUUCUUACAUUGCCGAGAGAACCGAAUUAUUACCACAUCUAUACGAAUUUGUUUCCGACAAAUCCAAAUCAAUUUGGGGGACUUGUGCUGGAUUGAUUUUUUUGUCAAAACAGUUAGUCAAUGGUAUCGAGAAUCAACAAAUUUUGGGUGCAUUAGAUAUAGAAGUCAGUAGAAAUGCAUUUGGUAGACAGAUUGAUUCAUUUGAACAGUCGCUCGAUUUCAGUUCAUUUAUACCUGGUUGCACAGAUUUCCCGACCGUGUUUAUUAGAGCACCGGUUGUGACCAAAAUAUUGAUUCAAAGAGAAUGUUUAAAGGAAGAGGUAAUAAGAUCUAACAAUUCAUAUCAGAACCCGGCACCCGUCAAAGUAUUGUAUUCAUUGAAAAACUAUGAUGGAAAAGAUCACGAAUUGAUUGUGGCCGUUAAACAAGGUCAUAUUUUAGGCACUUCAUUUCAUCCAGAGCUAGCUGAUGAUUACAGAUUUCACAAGUGGUUUCUUGAUGAAUUUGUAAUAAAGAAACUCAAACAAUAUACUGGUAGAGAAACAUAA